AAGGAGUGAAAACAUAAGAUAUUCUUUAAAUUUUGCAACUAUUUUGAUUGAUAUAUUUCCAAUCCCAAGCUAAAGUUACAUUCCCAAGCUAAAUUCCAGCUAUCCAAGCCCAAGCCUUUCUUUUAGCGUUUUUCCUUAACUACUGCACUGCCCUCUGUUAUACCUAGGGCUCGGCCCCGCGCCAAUCAGGUAGUUUUUUUGGCGAUUGGGCAGGUAAUUUUGACUUUCAGUGCGGAUCUGACAGAUCGCAAACCAUUUUCUUACCCGUGGGAAAACAGUCACAAACCGGUUCCAAACAAAAAAGGGACAAAAGGGGUAGUUUUUAAGCCGCCAUCUUAAAAAAUGGCGGCAGAUCUAACCAAACGCACCGAAGAACCGCACCGAAACCGAUCUGUUUCUGGAGGACCCGAACCGAUCGCAACAGAUCGUCCAUUUUUCGGGUAGAUCAGAUCAGUUUACCCGAUCUCGGCCAAUCGGGGCCGAGUCCUAGUUAUACCAGUUAAAAACUGAAAAUGAAUAUACUUAAAAAACCAACAAAUAUAAAAAAAAUAAAUAAAUUCUUAUCUAAAUUUCCCUUCACAUUGACCUAAUCGUAGCCAAAUGAUGGCGUUAGAAAACUUUUUUUUUGUAGUCCAGUUUUUAGAAGUUGGUGGCUUGGCGCCAGUAAUAAGCAGCCAUUUUUCAAAAUGACGGUGGGUAGAUCCGGCAUGCCCAUCAAAACCAGCCCAGCCUAUCCAUUUUGAAAUAUAGUCUCACGGACCUUCCAUGGGCGAUGGAGUGGUUGUCCAACCGCUUGGCCUAGGUGACCGAGACCAAGUUGGGGUGACUUUUGUUGGCUACGAUCCGUGAGUAAAUCGGGUUUUGGUGAACCGGGGCUGAGCUCCAACUGCCGCAACUUCCUCGUUGGUUUGUGAUGUCAAACGGAGUGGAUUCGUUUCCUCGAAGUGGCAUCUGCUAAAGAAUCAGAAAAAAAAGCAAAUACAAACAAGCAAACAAAUAACAAGUGACAAACCGAAAAUAUUAAGACAAUUUAAUAUUAAACGAAGCUAGGAAAAAAAACGAGGAAUUACAAACUAUUUAUUAGACAAGAUUCGAUACGGGUAAACUCCUGUGAAAUCCAUUGAGCACAACGCUUUAGUCGUCUGAAAUUGAUAAUGGACACUGAUGACGAAUUCUGCUUGAAAUGGAACAAUCAUCAUAGUACUUUCUUGUCUGUACUUCAUAGUCUGUUGAAGAAAGAAAUUUUGGUUGAUGUAACUUUGGCUGCUGAAGGUCAUUUCAUUGAAGCACAUAAACUAGUUCUUAGUACUUGUUCUGAGUAUUUUCAGGAUGCCUUACAACUUCAUGAUAACAAGCAUGCCUACAUAUUCUUGAACAAUGUUGUCUUUGAUGAUCUUAAAGCGUUGGUAGAUUACAUGUACAGAGGUGAAGUAAAUGUAUCUCAGGAACAGCUUCCUCGAUUUCUUGCUACUGCUGAAGCUCUAAAAAUUAAAGGAUUGUCAGAUAAGAGUGAGCCCCUUGUAGAGAAUCUGGAGCAACAUACACCUGUUCAGGUGAAAACAAAAAGGAAUCAUGGGAAAAGUGGUAAAAUUGCCAGUCGCCAAAUGACUGCAUCCUCAUCAGUUGCCAGGCAAACACAUUUGUCAUCGCAACAAAAAUCUAGUCAUUCGAUUAUAUCACAAACACUAACCGGUCGAUCUCCAAGAAAUUUGCGAGCUUCUUCUGAUUUAAUUUCCGAGGCUGAAGUGACUCCGGAGGUUAACUUCGUCUCCGUCAAUGCCCAUGGUGAAGAAAUUGAUCUUGAACAGAACGAAGAAGAUGGACUAGGAACUCUGGGUAAAGUUUGGUCCAUGAAUGAGGGAAAUAAUGAAGAUAAUUGGGAAAAUAAUACGGGUACCUUAGAUGAUGGUACACACGAAGAAGGAAAACGGUAUGCUACCCAGUCAGAAUCGGACAACUGUGAGUACCGCCAGUUCGCUGAACCUUCAAACGAAAAUUCUUCUCUCACCGGAGAUUUGCCACUCAUGCCCUCAUCGUCAGCUCAAGGAAAUUGGGCCUCGUCGUCGGCUGUUAGAACAAACUACUCGCGUGGCAUCAGAGGGAAAUCAAGCAAGAACAGCAGGGCUGGUGGAGAAGACAGUUGGCCAAUAUCGGUGGCGAAAAACAAACAGUUGGGCAAAUCCAGGCGUUUCGCGCCAACCGCUUUUCCCACAAGCAACACCAGCGGUACGGACGAAUGUAUAACGUGUCCAAACUGCGGGCGUGGUUACUCGCAGAAAGGUUCACUCAACAGACAUAUCAAGUUUGAAUGUGGUAUAAUUCCCAAAUUUCCGUGCCAACUUUGCCCGAUGCGCUUCCGGCGUGCUUACAAACUCACCGAGCACCACAAUCGCGUCCACGUCAAUGAUGCUGCGAAAUCGAAAACGUCGGAUAAUUCGGUUGUUUAACGCCGUGACUUACACAAAGCAAAAGAAUUCAAUGGCCCUCUGAUGAAUGCGAGAAGGAAUAUCGAUAUGUUUUUCUUGUUUGGCGUCUCUCUUCUAAUUAAAUGAAAAAAUGUUCUGACAUUGUCUGUUCGCGUCCCUUUGUCGGAGAUAUUCAUUUUUAUGUAAGGUAAGAAUUGAUUUUUAUUAUUAUUUGGUCCUUAUGAGUAUGAACAAAAGACAAAUAUUGUGAAAUAAUAAACCAUCGCUAGUCGAUGGAGUGUUAUCUUA